AGCAACAUGAGGUCACGGGUGUUGCUGCUGCUGCUGCUGCUGAAACAUGUCACAGCGUCUGACAGCCGCAGGACGUCUGAGCGUCUUGCAGGUCUCCGAGGUUCCGCUCGGUCUGGACCUCCUGCAGCUCACCUCGGUUCUGGGCGCCCUGCUGGUGUCUUCCAGGACCUGCAGUCUGCUCUGGACGCUGGAGGUCCUCGUCAGUCCUCUGGUGGCCGUGUAGGUGGUUACCGUCCUGCAGGACCUUUGCCCUAUGAGGCUCAAGCAGGAAGUGCCUCUUUAUAUGGCGGUGCAGGAAGUACCCCCUUAUAUGGUCGAUCAGGAAGUUUACCCUAUGAAGGUCGUGCAGGAAGUGCCCCCCCAUAUGGUGGUGCAGGAAGUUCACCCUUAUAUGGUCGAUCAGGAAGUUUACCCUAUGAAGGUCGUGCGGGAAGUGCCCCCCCAUAUGGUGGUGCAGGGAGUUCACCCUUAUAUGGUCAAGCAGGAAGUCUUCCCUAUAGAAGCCAAGCAGAAAGUGUACCCUUAUAUGGUCGAGCAGGAAGUCUUCCCUAUAAAAGCCCAGCAGAAAGUGCACCCUUAUAUGGUCGAGCAGAAAGUGCGCCCUUAUAUGGUCGAGCAGGAAGUCUUCCCUAUAAAAGCCAAGCAGAAAGUGUACCCUUAUAUGGUCGAGCAGAAAGUGCACCCUUAUAUGGUCGAGCAGAAAGUCUUCCCUAUAGAAGCCAAGCAGAAAGUGCGCCCUUAUAUGGUCGAGCAGGCAAUUUACCCUAUGAAAGACAAGCAGGAAGUGCACCCUCAUAUGGUCAAGCAGGAAGUGCUCCCUUAUAUGGUGGAUCAGGAAGUUCUGCCUAUGAAAGACAAGCAGGAAGUGUUCCCUUAUAUGGUCGUGCUGCAGCACAGCGGCCCCCAAAGGCCAGCUUGGCCCCGCAGCAGCACCAGCGAGGACCCAGGUUGGGCGCCGAGUCGUCCCCUCCACGCCAACAGGAAGCGGUGGUGGUUUCCAGCGGCGGGAUCCAGAUGGUCGCCACUGAGCCGGCGCCACCCGGGCACAGAGCCGAGCCGCUGCAGAACUCUGAGCGAGUGCCGCCAGCAGGGUGGCCCUCCAGGUACCGGGCCAGACCACUUGGGGAGUCCACAUCCGCAGAGGCGUGGAAGAGGUCCGGGAAAGUCCGGGGCUCCUGGUUGUCAUAGCGACACCUGCCAGGUGACUUUGGUCUCAAGUCUUCACCUUUUUUUUAAAAGCUCAAAUAAAAGAUUCAGAUUA